AGUAAGAUUCACGUCUCCUUGAAGGCCAGAUAUUUUUUUUGGUUCUAAAGAGUUUCAGUUCAAAGUGCCAGAGUAUUCGAGCCGAAUUUUUUAAAAAAAGAUUUUGCGAUUGACCAUUGAAAAACCAAGUUCAAGACCAUAAAAAAUUUACAACUGCGCAAUCAGCCAACAAACUCAGACCAGUGAAAAAAUGGCCGCCGUAAUACCAGCAGUAACGAAAAUUUCACCGCGAGUUAUCAGAAUCUUGGGAUGUAACCCGGGAAUUAUGACCCUCCAAGGGACCAACACGUACAUCGUUGGAACCGGAAAAAGGAGAAUCUUGAUCGACACCGGCGAAGGCGGCGUUCCUCAAUACAUCAACCUCCUAAAAUCAGUUCUAACAUACGAAGGCAUCGAUUUAGCCCACAUCUUCAUUACCCACUGGCACCACGACCACAUUGGAGGGCUAUCAGAAAUUCUCAACGAUCUUCAGGAAAAAACAAAGCACUGUCAAGUCUGGAAGUACCCGAGCUCCAAGGACGACAUUAACAAGAACGAGAAGAUCGAGAUGCUGAAGGACGGGCAGGAAUUCGCUGUGGAAGGAGCCACGUUGCGGGUGCACCACACCCCGGGACACUCCGAUGAUCACGUAGUACUGCACCUGCUGGAAGACAACGUUCUAUUCAGCGGUGAUUGCAUUUUGGGCGAAGGUACCGCCGUCUUCGAGGACUUGUACGAUUACAUGCGCUCCUUGAGCGAUAUAGCCGAUUUAAAACCGGCCGUUAUCCUCCCAGGACACGGAAAUGUCGUCCAGGAUCCUAUUGAGAAAAUCGACUUCUACAUCAGCCACCGCAAGGAACGCGAACAGCAAAUCAUCGAGUUUUUGAAUUCGCAUCGCGACGAGAGCUUCGACGAAGCGGAUUUAGUGAAGAAUAUCUACGAGGAUCUGCCGGAGAACCUCGCGAAGGCCGCGCAGAACAACGUCGGGCACCAUUUGGUGAAGCUCUUCAGGGAGCAGAAGGUGAAGAAAAUGAACGAUAAAUGGAUGUUCAAGGAGAAGGACGAGAUCAAAAGCCAUGUAUAGUUUCUGAGAUAAGCAAACUUUAUGCGCUGCAAUCAACAAGACAGUGAAAAUAUUGGUUGUGAAAAUAAUUUAAUUGCAAAUUGUAGAUUUUAUAAUGCCUCGGAAUUCAGAAUCCAUAAAGCUCAACUGUGUUUUUAGAAUUACAUUUGUCCUCUGUAAUCAGAAAUAUUUUCAAUAACCGCAGAAGACUGGAAAUAAUUUAGAAAAUACGAAAAAUUUUCUGAUGCACAAUAAAUGGUUAACUUAAUUUAGUUUAGAUUUCUAAUUAAAAGUAUUGUAAGUUUGUAUUUUUUAUUAAAUCAAAUAAUUCAACCGAGCCAUGAGAGAGAUUCACAUUUACACUAAAAUGAUCCUUCCUGGCUUGAAACCUAAUUAUACCGUUUUUUAUGUAUUACUUUAUAAAAAGUUUAUUGGAAAAUAAAUAAAGAGUUUAAAUAUUCUUACAAUGUCUAUCUCUUGAUCUUCUUCGAUGGAGGCGGCAUAAUGUCAGAGUCAUCGUUAAACCUGUGCUCAUUUAUGUAGAAUAAUAGGAUUUCCUUUGUAACAGGAUUUUUUAUACUAUCACCUACAGCUAAAAAAUAAAAAACAUUGCCUAUUCAGUAACUUUUGGAAUAUACAAAAAAAUUGUAAACCUAUACGAAUAAAAUAUAAAUCUACCUAUUGCAGUAUCGUAGCUAUUUGGAAAGUUUUUAUCCGUCCUUUCCCUCAUAAAUACCCACUGAUUAUUCUCGUAUUUGCAUUCUACUAUUUUCCCAUUAUAGUCUUUUAAUUGUUUAGUAUACUUCAUUUCAGCUAAACAUAUUUCUUGCUUGCCUUUAUUCACAAAGAGGGAAGCUUUUUUCACAGGAAGCAACCUAAGAAAAAUGCGAAGGAAAUUAAAUACAACUAGGUAUCGCGCCUUAAUAACACCUACCCCAUUCCAGAGGUCACGACAAUCUUCAAUCGAAAAUCAACAGAAUUAAGGCUAAGUGGUUUCCAUUUCAGGACAUCGUUGCAAGGACCAGCCGUGUAAGGCUGCAAAUAAAAAGAUAGUUUUUGACGAAACAAAACAUUAGUGUACCACAAACCUCCUUAGCUGGUUGAAAUAUAAGCCCGUCGGGCUCGUGAGACAAAGUUUUGGCGAACUUUUCCCCUAAUAAACUAGCCGCCUGAGUAAUUGGCCAAAAAUCUUUUUUCCUCACACUGAACGGCUCGGUUUCUUUCCUAAUUAAUCCUUUUUCCAUAGCUAAAUAUCUAGGUUUAAUUACUUCGUUUUCUAUGCAUUGCAACCUCUCCGGAUGGUCCAAUUCUUUGCCCACUUUUUGCUCUUCGUAUUCUAUUAUAUCGUACGCUAAAUACCUAGGGAUGUUUUUCCCGUUUACUUUAUCUAUUACCAUCUCCUGCAAAAAGAUGAAAAUUAGCAAUAGGCGAGCGAAGAAAGUGCAAUUUGCACUUACCCCAUCUAAUAAAGUAUUUCUAAUGUAUCUCUUAAUGUUUGUUCUAUGUACAAAUUGAAGGCCAUUAACUUUGAAAACGCUGUGAUUACGAUCGAAAAGGUACACUUCAUCUUUACCAUCAAUAAGCAUCAAAUACCUAGUACCAUCAGCUUUCCAUGAAACUCUAUAAUUUAAUCGUUGCAUUAAAUAUAUUAGGUAAAUAAUUAAUUUAGUACCUGUAGGAUUUUUGCCCUAGAAGUUCUAAAUUGUUCAUGUCCAUAGAUACAGGCUGGCUUCCUGGAAAAGUCGUGUGUCUCCAUCCACACAUGGUAAUCACUUUCUUUUGCAAAUAAGAAGAUUUCGGUUGUUCUUCGAACGAAUCGACUCCAGGGACUCCCUCCAUAAAUUUGGGGUUUUUAACGUUAUGCCUACGUUUCUU